AGUUUUAUCCGUGAAGUCUUAUUCAAAGCCCAACUAUUUGUUAACUUUUUUAUUCUGCAACACCCAACCAAGUUGACAAAUGACUUCUUUGAACAAAAUUUUUGGUAUACUAUUACAAGGGUCAUUAGGGGUAGCUCAAAUGAAGUAAGGCCAAUUCUACAGGCGUACAAAGACAAGAAAAAGGAACGACCUGCAGGUCAGAAUUUAGAUGUGGCUCAACUUACAAGCUCUUUCGCUGAACUAUCCGCCACUAUGAAUGGUAACUUGUUUGUUCCGGAAAAUGGAUUAAAAAAUUAUGGACAAUCUCUAUCAACUGCAUGCGAGACUGUCGCAACAACGUACAAUAAUUAUUAUAUUGAAAACUUUGAAAAUAUCAUAUGUAAUUACUUUAUCUAUGCAUUAAAGAUAAAAUAUGCGAAUGAGAAAGUCGGCUGUAUCAAGAAAUUAGUGUAUAAUCAUGUAUAUGAUCAAGUAUUUACACAUCCCCAGCUAUCUUCUAUACCUGCUGAUAUUCUCGCCUUUUUUGAUCCGGAUGUGGGUAACAAUCUCACAAGUUUUCUAAAUCCUUUGAUUUUAGAGGUGAAGAAUCGCAUUUCUACGCUACCGCUAUCUAAAGAAAGCUUGAACAAUGAACCCUUCAAGAUUUUACCGGCUUUACGGUAUAUCCUUGAAAAAUACGAUGGUAUAUACAACUCCCAAGCUACUCAAAAUGACAAAAUUGAUUCGAUGAAGUCUCCACUUCCAAGACGUUUUAGUCUAUUUCCAAAUCCUUCAUUACACUGGCGGUUCAUAAAGAUUGAUUCCCAGAACCUAAGUGGAAUUUUUCCAGAUGCUAAGCAGAAUAAGCAACCUAAUGAAUCCUCUUUCGAUCAUCAACAAAGAUGCUUCUAUCAAAUGUUUGACUUUAAGAGGCUGGGUAUUCAGAACUAUGAAAAUCUUCAAGCAUUGCCUGAGCAAAAAGAAAAAAUGUUUCUCAACGGAAUAUAUACUGAUGGCUACACUUGCAGAGUUCUUUUUGCUAGAAAAGUUCUUCCAUCCUCACCAGAAGAGAACAUCCGUCUAGAGUUACAUGAUCUUUCAAGCGAAGAGGUCAACAAGCACUUUCAUCCGUGUACUGUAGAUCCAGGAAGACGGGACCCGUUUGUCUCUUAUCACGGUGGUAGUGACAUACGCCGAUUGUCCUCAUCUGAGUAUUACAAUAUGGGUGGAAAUGUAACACGAAUGAAAGAGCAACAGAAGCACAAACAUAGACUGGGUAUUGAAAAAAUUGAAACAGACAUUCCUUCACCUAAAACUGCGUCUGUGGAGCAAUUUGUUUUGUAUAUAACUUAUAUGUCGCAGCAUAUGAAUACUUUAUUUGAUUUCUACGACUUUGAAACUGCCAAAGUUAAGUGGUUGAACUACCUAAGUUCCCAAAAAGUCAUUCAAGAAAGUGUUAAUAUUUUGAUAAAUGGGGGGAAAAAGUAUAAUAAAGACAAGAGAAAAAAAACAAGGAAGAACAGAAAAAGAAGAAAAAAAAAUCGCAGACCUCGUACUAAUCCUAAAGAAAGAAUACUCAUCACUACGCCUAAAUCAAAAAGGUACAUAUGCACUUUUCUUUUGUCAUCAUAA